AUGGCUUCUUCUUCUUCUUCUUAUAGUCCCAAUGUUCAAAAAAAUCCCGACUCCGACGUACAAUUUGUUGCAUUUCCAAACGGAUUCGAUCCAAACUCAAUACCCAACACCACUUUUGUUCAAGCCGACCCUUCAACAUUCCGAGCCGUCGUUCAAAAACUCACCGGUACUACGACUCUAGACUCCGCAACCCACAAGCCCCCAGCCGCCACCCCCUCCUGCCUCGCCGGAAAACCCAUCACGGGAGAAAUGGGUCCUAGGAAACCCGCCUUUAAACUGCAUGAAAGGAGACAAACUGCAAGAAAGCUAGAAAUCAAGCUCGGAAGCGGCGCCAGUUCCCUCUCAAUGGUUUCGCCUUCUACUACAAGGCAUCAGCAGAGGAAUCUUUUGGGAUUUAAUGGUGAAAUGGUAAUGGCUUCGCCGGUUUCGCAAUUGGAGCUUUUUGCGCGUGGGAGUCCAAGAACGCCGAGGUCACCUAUGGAGGAAGAAGAAAAAGCCAUUGCUGAGAAAGGGUUUUACUUCCACCCAAGUCCAUUGAGCACUCCGAGAGGAGCUGAACCGCCGGAGCUUCUGCCAUUGUUUCCAGUUCAAUCACCUGGAGAAAAUAACUCAUUUCCUCUUUUUUAG